UACAGCGGGUCAGCCGUUCAGUUCCGUACAGCGGUCUGAGCGGAGUGUGCACGGGAUGUUCCGAGAGCGGCGGACUCUCUUCAGUACGUACCUGUUAAGUUCUGUGCUUGAAGAUCAGCAAUAGUGUUUAUUUGUGGAUCCCAUACUCUCACACAAAACAUUGUUACUUGACGACAUCAUUCAUGUAGAAUUCUAAUUUUGUGGUUUUCUCGUAAUUAAAUUAAAAUUCGGAUGAUGUAGUCGUUGUACAGGGUAAUCUCAGUAAUACACUUUAAUUUAACAAGUAUUUCCCCCACCGCUGGUUUUUUUUCUUGUGAACAAUCAUGAUCACCCCCUUGAGUGAAGUGCCGCCCUCCCGAUUGUGCUGUGAGGACGAGACCCCAGUGGACCCCAGGACUAUGCCCCAGUGGCCGGUCUCCGUGUCGCUGGCCGUGGUAGGGCUGCUGGUGCUGGCCUCCGUGCCCCUAGUCUCCGGACAGAGGGGGUUCGGGGUGACAGGGGACACCUCACCCUACAAGGGCUACAGCGGGAUCCGAGCUCGCCCUGAGGCGGAAAGACUUAUCUACUACCACGAGCAGACCAUCGCCGUCGUCGAGGUCGGCCCCAAAAGGGAGCUCUUCAACUGUGAACUCAUAGAAGUCUACAAACCGGGUGAGCUGAAGACGGCUCUUCGCAACAUGUCAGAGUUCGCCAAGCCGUACCGUCUGGGAUUCGACGAGAUGAUCAACCUGAUGUCUCUCUGUGGCAAACUGUCGCCACCGCUCCUCGACAAUGAGUUGCCCACCAACCACAGUCCGGGGAGCAGGGCACUGGCCACAGUGAACCCCGUCACCUUACUCAGCGGCAUCCUCCCAGGAACCAAAUGGUGUGGGGCUGGAGAUCUAGCCGACAACUACUUCGACCUGGGAGUGGAAGCCAUGCUAGACAAGUGCUGUAGGACCCACGACCUCUGUCCUGUAAAGGUGCGGGCCUACACAUCACGGUACAAUCUCACAAACAACUCGUUGUAUACCAAGUCCCACUGCACCUGCGAUGCCAUUCUCCUGCAGUGUCUCAAGGACGCUCAACACUCUACAGCGGACAUCAUGGGGAACAUCUACUUCAACCUGCUCAAGGUGCCUUGUGUACGACAGGGCAAGGACAGGACUACCUUCCAGCCAGCAGAGCGUUACGACAACCCCAUCAUCCGGGGGUAGAAAACAGGGACCAGUGUUGUGCUAAGGGCUGUGACUUUCGGAAACCGAACUUAUAGAAUUUCUCGUCGUUUUUAAAUUUCGUAUAGCGUGAACACUGAAAGUUAAAACAUUUCGGUUCAGUAAAGACAUCAUUUCGUAAAUAGAUCAUAGAACUUCAGCAGCUUCAUUAGGUGCUAUAGAUUAGUUUUAAAAUCGUUGACUGCAGGAAGGUUUUAUGUUUUAUAUUGUAGGGUCCACAGACCAGAUUGAAAAAACAAACCGUACAUAAUGAAUUACGAUGUUCAUAAUCAAUAAGUCUUGAUGAUAAAAAUGUUCGGUAGUCAUGAAUUUUCAGUUUGUUUUUUUUAUUAAGCAUAAACUUUCUGCAUGAAUUUGGAAACCAAUUUUUCCUGAAUUGACAACAUAAAACUAGUCUAAAAUAACUUUUUUUAUAAACUUGAUUAUUUUAAUUACUUAUAUACAAUUCAUUAAUUUAUAGCUAAUUUUUAUACUAACUAUUAGAUGAUUUUGGGAUCCUCGACUUAAUAAUAGCACACGACGAAGAGUUAAAUAAUUUAACAUAAGUCAAACUCCAAUGGUGCAAAUUAUAUAUAUCUCAGUGUUGUUGUCCAGUUUCCUGAACUUCUGUGAGGUUGUUUACUUACUUAGAAGUGAAAGAAGAAUGUAAUUCCUCAUUGGUUUCUAAUGUAUUUCUGUGAAAUGUAAUAAAGUGUUUAUAAUAGUCUUGAACAUAUUUAUUGUAAUGGCGACAAGUUUGUUGAUAACAUUGUUUUCAUAUUACUGUAUAGUACACUUAGAGUAGGUUUUUAAAUUAAUUGUAAUUUUUUUAAGACAGUACGAAAAUAUACAUAAAUGUUGAGUUGUUGAAAAGAA